ACGUACGGACCCUGCCUUAGCCGACGAAGCCAAGUGAAACUAUACGCGAUCAAACUUAGCCAUGGGUUCGGAGCAGAAGCCGCACGUGGUGUUCGUGCCGUUCCCGGCGCACGGCCACGUCGCGCCGCACACGCAGCUCGCGCGCGUCCUCCACGCCCGCGGCUUCCACGUCACGCUCGUGCACACCGAGCUGCACCACCGCCGCCUCGUGCUCGCCGAGGCCGCCGCCUCGCCCGCCUGGCUCGGCGUCGAGGUCAUCCCGGACGGGCUGUCGCUGGAGGCGCCGCCGCGGACGCUGGAGGCGCACCUCGACGCGCUGGAGCAGAACUCCCUCGGGCCGUUCAGGGAGCUGCUGCGCGCCAUGGCGUGCAGGCCCGGCGUGCCGCCCGUGAGCUGCGUCGUGGCGGACGCGCCCAUGUCGUUCGCCUCGAUUGCGGCGCGGGACGUCGGCGUCCCCGACGUGGUGUUCUUCACCGCGUCCGCGGCCGGGCUCAUGGGGUACUUGCAGUUCCAGGAGCUGGUGAAGAGGGGCCUCGUCCCGCUGAAAGGGGCCGGGUACAAGACCGACGGCAGCCUCGACGCCCCGGUGGACUGGGUGCCCGGGAUGAAGGGCAUGCGGCUCAGGGACAUGCCGACCUUCUGCCAUACGACGGACGCCGACAGCGCGCUGCUGAGCAUCCACCUCCUCCAGAUGCGCGUCGUCGCCGCCUCCAAGGCCGUCGUCAUCAACACGUUCCACGGCAUGGAGAAGGACGUCGUCGACGCGCUCGCGGCAUUCCUCCCGCCCGUCUACACUGUCGGCCCUCUCUCCAGCGUCGUAUCGUCGCUCCCGGCGGGAAGCGACGACUUCUCGACCUCCACGGACACGCCGAGCCUCUUUCAGGAGGACCCGGAAUGCAUGGCGUGGCUGGACGGGAAAGAGGCUCGCUCCGUCGUGUACGUGAGCUACGGGAGCCACGCCGCCGCGGGCGCCGACAAGGUAAAGGAGUUCGCGUCCGGGCUGGCCAGGUGCGGCUCUCCCUACUUGUGGGUUCUGCGGUCCGACAUGGCGGCCGGCGUCGAGGUCGGGCAGAACGGGCUCAUCGUGCCUUGGUGCGCCCAGGAGGCGGUCCUUGCCCACCCAGCCGUGGGACUUUUUGUUACGCACUGCGGGUGGAACUCCAUCUUGGAGACCGUGAUCGCCGGCGUGCCAGUGCUCGGUUGGCCAAUGAUAUCCGAGCAGACGACCAACUGCCGGCAGGUAACCACAGCAUGGAACAUUGGAGCCGAGCUGCCUCAGGAGGCGGGGGGCGAUGAAAUAGCUGCACUGGUGAAGGAGAUGAUGGUCGGGGAGAAGGGGAUGGAGGCGAGGGAGAAGACGUUGGAGUGGAAGAGGCUGGCUGAAGAUGCUACCAAAGAAGGGGGCUCGUCCUGUGCUAACCUUGAUAGGUUCGUUGAGGAUGUGCUGCUCAAGGGGUUAUGAUUUUAUUUUAUUUGUUUAUGGUUCAUUCUAUCAAUUCGUUUUGUACCUAUAAGUGAACAAGCACGAGUCAGUAGCAUGAGCUACUGAUGAAUGAGCUUCUAAUUAUCUGCAAUUUUAAGAGAAACUGAGCUUCACUUUUUUC